AUGGGAAGAGGUAGGGUUCAGCUGAAGCGCAUAGAGAACAAGAUCAAUCGCCAAGUCACCUUCUCCAAGAGGAGGACUGGGUUGCUGAAGAAAGCUCAUGAGAUCUCGGUCUUGUGUGAUGCAGAGGUUGCUUUGAUUGUCUUCUCCACUAAAGGAAAGCUGUUUGAGUACUCAACUGAUUCUUGCAUGGAGAAGAUCCUUGAUCGCUAUGAAAGAUAUUCUUAUGCAGAGAGGCAGCUGACUGCAACUGAUCCUGAAUCACAGGGAAACUGGUCCCUUGAGUACUCCAAACUUAAGGCAAAGAUUGAGCUUUUACAAAGAAGCCAAAGGCACUUUUUGGGGGAAGAUCUGGAUUCACUGAGUCUGAAAGAGCUCCAAAAUUUGGAACAGCAGCUUGAUACCGCUCUUAAACACAUUCGAUCAAGAAAAAACCAGCUAAUGUAUGAGUCAAUUUCUGAACUUCAGAGGAAGGAAAAGGCAAUGCAGGAGCAAAAUAACAUGCUAGCUAAGGAGAUCAAGGAGAAGGAGAAGACUGUGGCACAGCAGACACAUUGGGAGCAGCAAAACCAUGGUCUUAAUACAUCAUCCUUCCUACUGCCACAGCAGCUUCCCUGUCUAAACAUGGGUGGGACUUACCAGGGAGAAGCACAUGGAGCAAGGAGGAAUGAGCUGGACCUUACGCUUGAACCAAUAUAUCCCUCCCACCUUGGAUGCUUCACGACGUGA